AUGGCAACGAUCGAGGACAUGCGUUUUGCCAAGUCCAACCGCAUCACCGCAAAACAGGUCAAAGAAGUCGGUGGAGUAGGUAGGGCGACUCGAACAAGGGAGCGUUUGCUUCGACAGCCGGAAAAUCAGAGGAUUUCGGAGCUUCACAAGGAGAUAGGAGAAAACUCCGUUUUGAAGGCGCAGACUAUCAGUGAAGUUGACUCUGCACAGGUGACCCGACGAUCAGCUACACAACCCCUUCGCAACUUCGAGGGCAGCAAAAGCUUAGUGAAACAAACCCACCACAAGGAUCUUCAACUGCAGCGAGCAUGGCAGACGAUCGCAGCCGACGAACGACGGAAAAUGCAGGAUUUUUCCAGAGGAACAGGACAGACCCAACCAGCAUCAGUCAACACAGUCGACUCUAUCGAUGGGUGUUGCAAGUGUGGUAGACACCACCUCCCAAUCCGCGUUGGAAGGGCACUCACCUAUCCACAGGAAUGCCCCAGAGAUGCGUUGCCCAUCAUCCCUAUCAUGUUCGUCGGGACGGCAGGAAUCGGAACCGGGAGUCGCAUUGGCGGUCAUCUAAAGUACGGCGGAAAAAAGGUCGUUGAGCAACAUGCCCUCUCCGUCCCUGUACUGAUGACCGAUGAAAACAUGACAAGCAAAGUCUGUCCGUUUUGUUUUGCGAUUCUACGCCUCGUCAAGGAACUGAGACUUGUCAACGGAGUCGAGAAGCUGGUCACAAUCAACGGUGCGGUUCAGUGCGAAAACCCCAACUGUGAGAGUGUCCGCGCCGGUUAUGCACGUCGAGGCAGGGACAGCAAUGCAUGUGUCAACAUUGCACUUGCGGGAUUCACGACAAUCAUGAGCGACAACAGACAGCCACUUCCUCCCUACAGGAGAUCAACGCGUCCAGAGGGCGCCACCCCUUCAGAACCCCAGUCUCUCGCUACUGGAACACAACAAAACAUCGAGCACUUCGACAACGGACCCAUUGACAACAAUGGCUUCCCGCGACGCUGCUGA